GAGGAGGGUGUGUGGCUUCUACAUAUGAUUACCUGGCUAAUACACCUUCAGACCUGCACCAUCUCGGAAGGCAUUUUCCCCCCAAGACUGGAGCUAUUGUGAGGUCCCCAGGCUGCGCCAACGGAGGAAGCCCGAGACAGAAUGGUGACGUGGUAGAUGAGCCGCUAGAAGCGAAAAUGAGUGUCACCUCGUGGUUCCUGGUGAGCAGCUCGGGCACUCGCCAUCGGCUGCCUCGGGAGAUGAUCUUCGUCGGCCGCGAUGACUGCGAGCUCAUGCUUCAGUCCCGCAGUGUGGAUAAGCAGCAUGCCGUUAUCAACUACGACAGUGAAAAAGACGAGCACCGGGUAAAAGACCUUGGGAGCUUAAAUGGGACCUUUGUAAAUGACGUGAGAAUUCCCGACCAGAAAUACAUCACUCUGAAACUCAAUGAUGUCAUUCGAUUUGGCUACGAUACUAAUCAGUACGUAUUAGAACAGAUUCAACAUAAAGUCCCAGAAGAAGCGCUGAAGCAUGAAAAGUACACCAGCCAACUUCAGAUGACCAUGAAGACGGUUUCGGUAAGGACAGAACAUCUUAAGGAACAGGGUACUCACAUGGAGGCUCCCCCAGGGAAACCGGAAAGAGGAGACAAAAAGGCCCCCGGCAAUGUACCCUCAGAGACGUCCGUCUACCGCACGCCUCUAUACGGCCAGCCUUCAUGGUGGGGAGAAGAUGAUGCCAACAAUAAGCAUGAAAUGCCCGAAGGCAGGCGCCAAGAAGACCACUUAUCAGAAAGGCCAAAAGAGGGACAUCAUCAUGACGAGGAGAUGAAUGGUAGCUCAGGACUAAGGGACUGUCAGGAUCAGUCUGGCUUCGCGUUCAGAAGGGAACCAAGUUAUUUUGAAAUCCCAACGAAAGACCUGCAACAACCCGCCAAAUCCCCCGAGACCCAGGUUCACGAGAUUCCCACCAAGGACACGGAUGCCGUCACGCCUCCUGUCAUGCAAAGCCAUGCGUCUUUUACCAUUGAGUUUGAUGACUGUCGACCUGGCAAAAUAAAGAUAAAAGACCACGUCACCAAGUUCUCAAUGAGGCAGAGGAGGACGCAUGGGAAGGAAGGAGGCCCAUCAGAAAUGGUGUCGGCAGAAACAAAAGUGGCUGAUUGGCUAGUUCAGAAUGACCCAAGUUUAAUGAGGAGACCCUUGCCGGGAGAAGAUGUUUACAGUACCAAGAGUGACCUUCCUGUGCAUAACCGAACACUCAAAGGUAAUCGUCAUGAAGAUGGUACGCAGAGUGAUAUUGAGGAUCCGGUAGCAGUUAAACCCGAAAAAGAGACUGCAGCGUUAACACUGGAUCAGACAAAGCUUCAGCGGCAAAUUAAACGAGAACCCGAAGAAUUGCUACACAGCCAGCAAGCCUUUGUCAUUGAGUUUUUCGAUGAGGACGCACCGAGAAAGAAAAGGUCCCAGUCCUUCACGCACAGUGGAAACUCCCCUCCAAAUGACGUUGACCCUGCUAUUAAAGGGAAGCCGGAUAAACGCAAAGUAAUUCAGAUGGUCGAGAAGUUAAACACUAAUGGGGUAUCCUCACCUGCACCGGUCAAUAAACAAGUGGCAAACGUCUCCUUUUCACAAAGGUCUAACUCUUUCCGAAAGGAAAAGAACGACGACCGCACGACUUCUCCUGCGCCUCCAGCGCCAAAGCCCCCUGUAAAAAGCUAUGGCAGCAUUGGGAAGAAGUCAAAAAUGGCUCAAGACUUUGCUGCGGAAUAUUUACGGGAACAAGGAGAGUCUGUGCAGCAGACGGUGGAGAAGCCGACGAGUUUACCUUUGUCAGCAGCCUCGCUGGCGCAGCCAGCAGCCUCGCAUGUAGAAACGUCUACAAUGUCAACACUGGUUGUGACCUCCCCAUCUCCACCUUCCGACACCAUACCAGCGAGAUCAAAGAGGAACGACGAGGAGGACAGCUUGAGCGAUGCCGGGACCUACACUAUUGAAACCGAAACGCAGGAUAAAGAAGUCGAAGAAGCCAGGAAAAUGAUAGACCAGGUAUUUGGUGUUUUUGAGCCCGAGGAAUAUUCAAAGAUUGGUGCUGCAAUAUACCGACCUGUGAUUAAACUGGAAAAAGAUGAGGUUGCCUUAAAAGAGCAUCCCAUCAAUCAGAAGAAUGAAGCGAAGCCUAAUAGCGGACCUCCUCCUGAAACACAGACUUCAAGGUCAUCGGGGGGCAACUCCAAAUCGGGUCAGAAAUGGGUUUCUCGUUGGGCAAGCCUUGCCGACAGUUACCCUGAUGCCUCGCCAACCACUUCUCCCCUGGAUGCUCACAACCACGGACUAACUGGGGAGGAAGAUGUUGAUCAUAUAGAAUAUUAUGGGGAAGUUGAUCACGCUUUACCUUCAAGAACAAGAAGGCUCCUACCUCAACUUCCACCGAAUGACAAGUCUGAAAUUCUCUCUCCGGCUAUUAUGGUUUGUUUAGAAUCGCCGUCUUCAGAAGUAACUCAGAGACGGGCCACAGAAGAGAAAAAUAGAGAAAUGCCCCGUGAGCAAAGCAGUCUGCUUUUAGCGAAGGAAGAAUUGGAUCCGGACAGUCUGAGUGACGCAAGCAAGUCGGAUGACGGUGUUGUUUCAGACAGAAAAGGCAGCCAGGUGUCCAAACCCUCCAGGACUGUGUGGAAAAGAGACCAAUCUGGUUGCGUGGAUCCACUUGUUCAAAGAGCACCUAAGAUGCCAAGUGAGCAAAAGUCAACAUGUUUUUAUGUUGGAAAUGACGGCGUGUUGGCAAACCCAUCACAAGCAAGCCCUGUUGUAUCUUCAGCAGAGGUACACAAAGAGUAUAGGAGCCAUGAGCUCCAAGUGAAAUCAAAGAGUAACCAGCAUUCCACCCCAGAGCCUCAAAAUACAGGAAGGAUGGUAAAUGCGAUCCACAAGAAAGAUGGCGGCUCUGCUAAUGCACCUGUUUCAAUUAUUAGACAGGAAAGUUUCACCAAAGAGAAAUCCAGCAGCAAUGUUCCGGCCAAUAAGCUGCCACAUAUUUCAACGCACCCCUUGCUUAAAGAUUUGAACGUUACAAAACCACCUCAUGACUACAGUCAGGAGACGCGUCUGAUUCUCAAAGAGACAGAAACCGCGUUGGCAGCUUUAGAAGCGAAGCUUUUUUCUCAGACGCACAUCGAUGCCCUACAGAAUGUCCCUAACCUGGCAGAGGAUUCGACGGGGGAAUCGGACGUGGACACCGCCAGCACAGUCAGUCUCGUUAGCGACAAAAACAUUCCAAGUCACCCACAGAAAAACAGGGUGGUGAACCUUCAGAAGGAGAAGUCUUCCUCAACCUCUUCCAUACAUGAUCAGUUUAGCCGCUCCAGUGCUAGAGACCGACUCUCCGAGAAACGCAGGACCGGCGCUGCCGACGUCGGUGGUCGGAGAGAUGCGACCAAGCGGUUUGAAAUGAAACGGAGCACCGGUGCCCGUGGAUCGUUGGAUUUCACAGAUGAGGAACGAUGUACUAGUCUUCCCUACAUACCGGUGACAGACACUGCUUCAUCGGACUAUGAACAUUCCUCUACCAAGCCUCUUUCAAGAAGGAGACCUCUUACUGCUAAAGAGGACACAAGUAAAACUUCAUCAAGUUCCCAAAAAGUUCAGCAAGUACUCACGCGGUCUAACAGCUUAUCAACUCCGAGGCCUACUAGAGCCUCCAAGCUGCGUCGUGCGCGUCUAGGAGAAGCUUCCGAUAACGAAAGCGCCGACGCCGACCGGUCAGCCGUCAGUCCAGAGACUUCUUCCGCCAAUUCGUCUUCGGCCAAAAGCUCAACGGAAGCUAAAAAGCUCUCGCGUCUGGACAUUCUGGCCAUGCCGAGGAAACGGACGGGCUCGUUCAACGUCCCGAGCGACUCCGAAUCCUCGUCUACGAGAAUGGGUUUCUCUGGGCGUAGCGUAGAUCAGAGUUACACAACCCGGAAGGCGUCCGUGCCCGAGGUGAAACCGCCUAUUAAGAAACCCGUAGCGCCUCUACCCAAACAGCCCUUAACAAGAGCACGUGCAGGGAGCGUCAAGUACCCAUCCAGUUCAACCACUCAGACCCCGCGAACCCACGCCGCCUCUCACCGGCCAAGACACAACGGCCACCAAGUGGAGCCCGAGGACGAGCAAGAGGUUUAUAACCACUUUAUUGCCCAGUCUGCGGAAAUUGCAGAAAUCGCCAGGUUGAGUCAAACCCUGGUGAAGGACGUGGCUAGUUUGGCCAGAGAGAUCCACGAUGUAGCAGGCGAUGGAGAUUCCCAAAGCUCUUCUGGGACAGCACACAGCACCUCAAUAAGUUCCAUGCCAAAUACCCCUGCUUCAACCAUAUCUGCCCGAGAAGAGAUAAUUAAAAGGUCUUUACAACGAAAAUACCCAUCACAGUUGGUGCAUCACAUCCCAGAAGCAAGUCUGAACUACCAGAAAGUUCCCCCGGGUUCUAUGGCACUUAAGGAUUUUGACCAAAAUAUGAACGACAGCCGGGAAGAUGACCCCUCAAAGAGAAGAGCUAGGAAUAGAGAGGAGGUCAUAUUUGACAAUCUGAUGCUAAAUCCCGUAUCGCAGUUAUCGCAUACCAUAUGCGCCAAUACGGAAAUCUUAACGGAAAAAAUGAAAAUAUUAUUUCACAAUAAAGAAAGAAGCUGGGAAGAUAUCGAGGCAAAAAUAAACUCUGAAAAUGAAGUACCGAUUCUGAAAACCUCUAACAAGGAAAUCAGCUGUAUUCUCAAUGAGCUGCGGAGAGUCCAGAAAAAAUUAGAAGUCAUAAAUGCUAUAAUAGACCCUACCGGACAUCUGGAGGCAGCCACAGCUAUAAAGAAGUCCUCGUCGUCAUCAACCAUUCAGUCAUCGACCCCUGGAGCUAGGACUAACGGCUCUACCGCCAAAGUGGAGUCUCGACCGCCUGUCCUUGUGAAAAGUUACAUCAAAAAGUCAAGCAGUUCCUCCAGAUCUAUGGAAUCCAGCUUUGGACGGGACGAUGAAGACUCCUAUAUAGUUUGAUGGGGCGUGGCUUCAUUUUUAAAGAGUAGCCUAUUGUCAUUGGUGUGGCUUUGGUAAAGUAUUUAUGUGCUUGUGGUUUACGACGUGAAGCGACUUAGUAAAUUUCUUAACCAUCA